GCUGAUCAGCCCUGGGCCCUGGUGGCGGUUGACCCAUGGACCCGUGAGCCGUGAGCCGGACCAAGCCGGCCUUGCUCAAAUCUGCUGUCCACGACAAAAGUCACCCCACACGACGAGCCGCACAGGUCGCAUCUCACCGGGACCAGAGGGCCUGACUGGCAUGGAGCUGUGGCUAUUCCUGCACGCCGGGGCUCACCCAUUUCUCGAACCAUGAUGAUCGUCCAUGACCAUCGUCGGCUCGUUGCCCGCAGAGGGUGCCGGCCAGCCAAUCACGUCUGACUCGGGAGCUACAGGGUGAGCUGAGCUCAUGCGCAGUAGCACCACAUCUGCCCAUUGUAAAUAGACCCUGGCCAACAUCUGAUUUGGCCACGCCCGUCUCCCUCCCGACAAAACACCUCCAGCUGCUCCGCCAGUGGCCUCACAAUCCUCCUUGGUGUGCUGCCCGGGCCCCAUCCUCCAUUUCCUCGGAGAUCCGGGCUCAGCCGUAUAACUGUCCCCUUCCUCUCCGCCAUGGCCUCGAGAAAUAGAGCCCUCCGCGCAGCAGCGGACGGCUUCUUCACAUCCAGGCUCACCUGUUCCAGGCGCAUACCCCCAAGCUUCUUCACGGCUGCCACCCGCAGGGCUUCUUCGGACGCAUCCGCCCCCCGAUUGACCGGCCCGGCCUCUUCCAGCUUCUCGCACUGGCUGGCUUUCUCAGGCGUGGCCCUCGUCUCCACGGCCCUCAUCACAACACUUGCCAGGGAGCCUACCCAGCUCGACACCAUGUCCCUGCCUGAGCGCGAUGCCCUCGAGAAGCGCGAAUCUGGCGUGACCGACCAGUCGCCCAUGCGCCUGCGCAUGGAGAAGUUCAUCAAGGAACAGCAGCAGGAGAUCAUCAAGGGCCUGGGCGAGGUCGACGGCGGCAGGUUCCAGCAGGACGAGUGGCAGCGCAAGGAGGGCGGCGGCGGCAUCACAUGUAUCCUCCAGGACGGCAACGUCUUUGAAAAGGCCGGCGUCGGCGUCUCGGUCGUCUACGGCUCCCUGCCCAAGGGCGCCAUCGAGAAGAUGCGCGCCAACCACAAGAACAUUGGCGGAGACGGCGAGAUCCCGGAAAGCCUCGAGUUCUUCGCCGCGGGGCUGAGCAUGGUCGUACACCCUCGCAACCCCAUGGCCCCGACAGUGCACCUGAACUACCGAUACUUCGAGACGGCCAACCCUGACGGGAGCUCGAGUUCCUGGUGGUUCGGCGGCGGCGCGGACCUGACGCCGUCCUAUCUGUUCGACGAGGACGCCAUCCACUUCCACAAGACACUCAAGGACGUGUGCGACAAGCACAACAAGGAGUACUGGCCCAGGUUCAAAAAGUGGUGCGACGAGUACUUCUACAACAAGCAUCGCGGCGAGUCCCGCGGUGUGGGCGGCAUCUUCUUCGACGACCUGGACGAGACCGUGGCGGACAAGGAGAACCUGUUUGCCUUCAUCCAGGACGGGCUGAGGAGCUUCCUACCGGGGUACAUCCCCAUCAUCAACAGGCGCAAGGACAUGCCGUUCAACGAGCAGGAGAAGGAAUGGCAGCAGAUCCGCAGGGGCAAGUACGUCGAGUUCAACCUGGUGCACGACCGGGGGACCGCGUUCGGGCUGAACACGCCCGGGGCGAGAGUAGAGAGUAUUCUCAUGAGCCUGCCCCUGACGGCGAGCUGGAAAUACAUGUACACACCUCCAGGGCCCCGGGAGGAGAGGCUGACACAGAUCCUCAAGGAGCCCAAGGAGUGGGUAUGAGAGGGCACAUGGGGGCCCAAGUGUCUUGUAGAUCCUGUAUAGUCCUGUAAAAGUAAAAAGUGAUUCC